AUGAGUUGGAAUGCAGAAAACCUUGAAGAAGGUGAAGUUAAACCAGUUGAUUCCACUCCAGUUUGGGGUGGAGAAUAGAAUGCUGGAGGAUGGUAAGUAGAUGAAGUGAAAAAAACUCAAGCUGAUAAAUGGGGCCAAGAUGAGAAAAAAGAAAACAAAGAAAGUAAUGGUUAGAAUGAGACAUCAGGAACAUCAGGAGGUUGGGGAAACCAAUAAUAGUAGCAAUAAUCAUCUUGGGGAGAAAGUAAAGCUGAAAAUAAUGAUAAUGCAUGGGGAUCAGGAACUACGGGAUUUGGAAGUACAACUACAGGAGAUAAUGCAGGAUCAUCAUGGGGAGGUGGUUCAUCAUAAUGGGGAGGUGGAGGAAAUUCAGAUAAUAAUUUUUAAUCAGAUCGACCAAGAGGUCGAGGAAGAGGAGAUAGAGGUGAUAGAGGAGAUAGAGGAGGCGGUUUUAGAGGUAGAGGAGAUAGAGGAGAUAGAGGAGAUGGUUUUAGAGGAAGAGGAGAUAGAGAUGGAUUUAGAGGAAGAGGAGACCGUGGUGAUAGAGGAGGAUUUAGAGGAAGAGGAGAUAGAGGUGGAGAUAGAGGAGAUAGAAGAGGUGGAUUUAGAGGAGGUAGAGAUAAUGGUGGAAGUUGGGGAGGAAACUCAAACAAUAAUAAUAAUGGAGGUGGUAAUAGUUGGGGAGGUAGUGGAGAAGGUAAUUCUUGGGGAAAUUCAGAAAAUAAGGAUACCUCUGGAGGUGGCUGGGGUAGUUCUUCAACUAAUGAAUAACCAGCUUCAUCAGGAGGAUGGGGAAGUACUACAACGGAACAACCACAACAAUCUGGAGGAUGGGGAAAUUCGACUGAAUAACCAGCUCAAUAAUCAACUGAAGGUUGGGGCAGUAAAACGGAAUAAUAACCAUAAUAACAACCAUAAUAAGGAGGUUGGGGAUCUAACACUGAAUAAGCUCCUUAAUAAUCUGGUAGUGGAGGUUGGGGAUAAACAACUGAAUAACCAGCUCAAUAAUCUAACGGAUAAGGCUCAUCAAAUGCUGAACAGCCAGCAUAGACAUCAGGAGGGUGGGGAUCUUCAACCACAGAAUAGCCUUAAUAAUAAGGAGGUUGGGGAUCUACAACAACAUAAGAAUAGCCUUAAUAAUAAGGAGGUUGGGGUUCUACAACUACACAAGAAUAACCUUCAUCAGGCGGUUGGGGUUCAACAACAUAAGCAACAUCCGAUUAACCUUAAUCAGGAGGAUGGGGAUCAACUACUGAAUAGACUACAACUUCAGGUGGAUGGGGUAGCUAACCAGCCUAGUCAAGCGGAGGCUGGGGUGGUUCAUCAGAUCAGUAAAAUGGUAAUUCUUGGGGUGGAGGAUCUGAAGAUGGAUAAAGAGGAAGAGGAAGAGGCAGAGGAGAUCGUGGAGAUAGAGGAGGUUUUAGAGGCAGAGGAGAUGGAUUUAGAGGUAGAGGAGAUAGAGGUGGAGGAGAAGGAUUUAGAGGUAGAGGUGAUGGAUUCAGAGGAAGAGGAGAUAGAGAUGGAUUUAGAGGAAGAGGAGACCGUGGUGAUAGAGGAGGAUUUAGAGGUAGAGGUGAUCGAGGUGGAGAUAGAGGAGAUAGAAGAGGUGGAUUUAGAGGAGGUAGAGACAAUGACACAUCUGGAAAUAGUGGAGGAUGGGGAGGAGCAUCAAAUGAUUAAAGCGGUGGAGGAUGGGGAUCUUCUACAACAGAAUAACCUGCUUCUAGUGGUGGUUGGGGAUCUACAGCUACUGAAUAACCUUAAUCUAGUGGUGGUUGGGGAUCUACUGUAACAGAAUAACCAUAAUCUAGUGGAGGUUGGGGAUCUACUGUUACUGAAUAACCGACUUAAAAUGGAGGAUGGGGAUCUACAACAACUGAAUAACCUGCUUAAAGUGGAGGAUGGGGAUCUACAAAAACAGAAUAACCAGCUCAGAAUGGAGGAUGGGGUUCCACAGCAACAGCUACAGAAUAACCAUAACCAGCUCAAAAUGGAGGAUGGGGAUCUUCUACAACAACUGAAUAACCUGCUUAAAGUGGAGGUUGGGGAUCUACAGCUACUGAAUAACCAGCUUAAAGUGGUGGUUGGGGAUCUACAGUUACUGAAUAACCAGCUUAAAAUGGUGGUUGGGGAUCUACAGUUACUGAAUAACCAGCUUAAAAUGGUGGUUGGGGUAGUAGCAGUAAUAAUGAUUAAUAAUAAUCUAAUGGUUGGGGAAGUUCUGAUUAAACUAAAUAAAAUGAUGGAUGGGGUUCUAAUAACCAACAAUCAAAUGGUGAACGAGGAAGAGGUCGAGGUAGAGGAAGAGGUAGAGGAUUUGAUAGAGGCGGAGAUAGAGGUGGAGAUAGAGGAUUCGAUAGAGGAUUCGAUAGAGGAGGAGAUAGAGGAUUCGAUAGAAAUAAUAAUAAUAAUAAUAAUAAUAAUAAUAAUAAUGAUAAUGAGAAUGGAGGAGAUUUACCAACAGCAAAAAGAGUCAAACCUAAUCCUGUAGUAAUUACAAUAUCAGAUGAUGAAAAUGGCAAACCCUCUCCUCAUUUCAGCGAAGAUGAAUAAGAAAAGGCAAAUAUUAUUAAUGAAGCUUUAAAACAAACUGUUGAUACCAAAACAGUUUCUUUAUAGCUGCCUGCAUUAGAUGCUAAAUUUUCCCCUCUUUUUAAUCCUGAGCCUGACCCAGAUAGCUUAAAGACUGACAAUUUAUGUCAUCUUAAGGGAGGACUUUACCCACAUGAAUAACUGAAAAAAGUUAAAUUUGUUUACACAGGAGGAAUAAAAGUAGAUUCAGAUAGGCAACCAGUUGUUAAUUUAGUUACUUUUGAUAACGACUUAGAAUUUAUUGAAUCUUGUCCUAAAGUAGAUUUAUCAGAAAAAUAAGGAAUUGAAACUGUAUUUUUGAGUCCAUUGAUUAAUGAAUAUCGAAUUUUAAAAAAUGAAUUGGUCUAAUUGAGAUAAGAAGAGAGAAGAACACAAAUUAGGAGAUAAUAUAUGGGGAUAGUUGAAGGGAUUGAUAAAGAGAAUCAAGACUUAAUUUUUUAGGUUGGAUUAGCUUUACUUAAAGAAUAGAAAGCAAUCAGAUUAAAAUAUGGAUUUCUGUUUGCAGAAUUAACACUCUUCCAUAUUAAAUAGAUAUUUGGAAAUAUGGAUUAAGUGGAGCAUUAAUCAUUAUAAGCUAGAGAAAAAGAACUCAGACCAUCUAAUUUAGUUUUUAUAGUUUCCAUAACUCAGAAAUGGUUGAAUGAUGUGCCAAAACUAAAAUGCAGAAGAAGAAAAGAGUUGUUAUGA